AUGCCAUCUGUUCAGAAUCAGAAGUCAGGUAAGCAGAAGUUAGCACCUGAAAAGGAAAGGUUUUUGCAAUGUUGUGGUGAUAUUUCUUUGGAAUUAGUAUCGUCUCUUAAGACUUCAAAGGAUAUCAAUUUGAAUGGAUUGAUUAUCAGAUAUGCAAAAAAAUACAAAUUAAAGCAACAACCAAGAUUGACUGAUAUUAUAUCAUCCAUACCUGAUCAAUACAAAAAAUAUUUAAUUCCUAAGCUUAAGGCUAAACCAGUCAGAACAGCUUCAGGUAUUGCUGUGGUAGCUGUGAUGUGCAAACCACAUAGAUGCCCUCAUAUAGCAUAUACUGGUAAUAUAUGUGUCUAUUGCCCUGGUGGUCCAGAUUCAGAUUUUGAAUAUUCAACACAGUCUUAUACUGGCUAUGAACCCACUUCUAUGAGAGCAAUCAGAGCAAGAUAUGAUCCUUAUGAACAAGCAAGAGGAAGAGUAGAGCAGUUGAGACAGUUGGGGCAUUCUAUAGAUAAGGUUGAGUAUAUUAUUAUGGGUGGAACUUUCAUGUCUUUGCCGAUCGAUUACAGAGAAUCUUUUAUCAGUCAACUUCACAAUGCACUCACCGGUUACAAUGGAAAAAAUUUGGAUGAAGCUAUAAUGUAUUCCCAACAGUCACAAACUAAGUGCGUCGGUAUUACAAUUGAAACCAGACCUGAUUAUUGUACAGAAACACAUCUAAGCGAUAUGCUAAAGUAUGGGUGUACUAGGUUAGAAGUUGGUGUACAAUCUGUAUACGAAGAUGUGGCCAGAGAUACUAAUAGGGGGCACACAGUAAAAGCUGUAUGCGAAACUUUUGCUGUUGCGAAGGACGCUGGUUAUAAGGUUGUUAGUCAUAUGAUGCCAGAUUUACCAAACGUAGGAAUGGAAAGAGAUCUUGAGCAAUUCAAAGAAUACUUCGAAAACCCAGAUUUCAGAACGGAUGGAUUAAAGUUAUAUCCCACAUUAGUCAUUAGAGGUACUGGUUUGUAUGAAUUGUGGAAAAAGGGGUUAUAUAAAUCUUACAAUGCGAAUGCCUUGAUAGAUCUAGUUGCUCGUAUUUUGGCACUCGUUCCACCAUGGACUCGUAUUUACCGUGUCCAAAGAGAUAUACCCAUGCCUCUAGUCAGUUCUGGAGUAGAGAAUGGUAAUUUGAGAGAAUUGGCGCUUGCAAGAAUGAAGGAUUUUGGAACAUCUUGUAGAGACGUCCGAACUAGAGAAGUUGGCAUCCAAGAAGUGCAUCAUAAAGUGGCUCCUGAUCAAGUAGAAUUGAUCAGAAGAGACUACUAUGCUAAUGGAGGAUGGGAAACGUUUCUCUCAUAUGAAGAUCCAAAAAAGGACAUCUUGAUUGGAUUACUAAGGCUCAGAAAGGCGUCCAAGAAAUAUACUUACAGAAAGGAAUUCACUUCUCAACCGACAUCUAUAGUGAGAGAAUUGCAUGUCUAUGGUUCAGUUGUGCCCUUGCAUUCUAGAGAUCCGAGAAAAUUUCAGCAUCAAGGAUUUGGUACUUUAUUAAUGGAGGAAGCUGCUAGAAUAGCAAAGGAAGAGCAUUGUUCUGAAAAAAUAAGUGUUAUAUCAGGGGUGGGGGUCAGAAAUUAUUAUGCCAAGUUAGGCUAUCAUUUGGAUGGACCAUUUAUGUCAAAAUAUCUCAAAGAUGAUGAACAGUAG